CUCCCCGCGGUCUCCAUGCAGUCUCGGGUGCUGUGCCUGGGCGCCGGGGCCGGCGGUCCCGCCGCGCGCAGAGUCCGCCUGCUCCUACGGCAGGUGCUGGGCGGCGGCGCGGCCGCGGCGCGGUGCAGCCGCCCCGAGGUCAGGGCGCUGCAUAGCUCAGGUGAUACUGUCACUAUUGGAGAUGUGUCUUUAAAACUCAAAACACCGAAGAACCCAGAACUUGUUCCACAGAACUACAUAACAGAUUCUCUGGCCCAGUCUGUAGUCCACCAUUUAAGAUGGAUAAUGCAGAAAGAUCUUCUUGGCCAAGAUGUCUUUCUUAUUGGGCCCCCUGGGCCUCUCCGGCGAUCUAUUGCCAUGCAGUAUCUGGAGCUAACAAAGCGGGAGGUUGAAUAUAUUGCACUGUCGAGGGACACCACAGAAACUGACCUCAAACAACGACGAGAGAUCCGAGAUGGUAGUGCUUUUUAUCUUGAUCAGUGUGCGGUUCGUGCAGCUACUGAAGGCAGAAUUCUUGUUCUGGAAGGCUUGGAGAAGGCUGAGCGGAACGUUCUGCCAGUGUUAAACAAUUUGCUGGAGAAUAGGGAAAUGCAGCUUGAAGAUGGUCGUUUUCUCAUGUCUGCAGAGCGUUAUGACAAACUUUUGCAGGAUCAUACAAAAUCAGAGUUAGAUGCAUGGAAGAUUGUUCGGGUCAGUGAAGAUUUUCGAGUGAUAGCACUGGGCCUGCCAGUACCUAAAUACUCUGGUAACCCUUUGGAUCCACCCCUUCGCUCUCGAUUUCAAGCUAGAGAUGUUUAUCAUCUGCCCUUUAAGGACCAUCUUCAGCUAUUAUAUUCAAUUGGAUCAAACAUUUCCACAGAGAGAAUUUCUCAGCUCCUGUCUUUUGCUACAACUCUCUGCUCUCAAGAAUCUUCUACACUGGGACUUCCAGAUUUUCCUUUAGACAGCUUAUCGGCUGCCGUUCAGAUUUUGGAUUCCUUUCCUAUGAUGUCAGUCCAGCAUGUUAUUGACCGGCUUUACCCCUAUAAUAUUUUCCUUGGAAAGGAAGGCAGGACUGCAGUCAAAGACAUGUUAAAACGCUUUGAGCUUCAAGAUUCAGAAAACCACUUGAUUCCCAGAAAGAUUACUAAAGUAGAAAGUGUACAUGGAAACAAACCCUUCAAAGCUGAUGUAACUGUCCAAAUUGGUGAAAAAGAAGUGACAUUCCAGGUUCCAGCUGGAACUGGACUGUUAAAAAAUCAUCCUCGAUCAGAUACUUUCAUAAGGACUUCCAGCCAUAAUCAACUGUUGGCAGAAAUGAUGCAAUCCCAUAUGGUUAAAGAUAUGUGCUUAAUUGGAGGAAAAGGCUGUGGCAAAACCGUUAUUGCUAAGGAGUUUGCUGAUAUACUGGGAUAUAGCAUAGAACCUAUCAUGCUUUACCAGGAUAUGACAGCCAGAGACUUGCUACAGCAAAGGUACACUCUUCCUAAUGGAGACACUGCUUGGAGACCGUCGCCACUUGUUACUGCAGCUCUGGAAGGAAAGCUUGUUAUUCUUGAUGGCAUUCAUCGAAUUAACCCUGGCACUCUAGCUGUACUUCAAAGACUAGUGCAUGACAGAGAACUGACUCUGUAUGAUGGCACCAGAUUGUUAAGGAAAGAUAGAUAUCAAAACUUAAAAGAAGAAUUACAGCUCUCUGAUGAAAAACUACGCGAAAGGUCUAUCUUUCCUAUCCAUCCUUCUUUCAGAAUAGUGGUCUUAGCAGAACCUCCUGUCAUUGGAAGUAGUACCCAACAAUGGCUGGGUCCAGAGUUUUUGACACUGUUUCUUUUUCAUAAUGUUCGAUCUUUAAGCAAGAGUGAAGAAAUUGAAGUUAUUAAAAGAAUGAUUCCAAAUGUACCCAGUGUUGCUGUGGAGCAGUUGUUGUCAUUAACACACAAGCUUCGAGAAACAAAUGAUGCCACAGCACAGUCACUGGCUUCAUUUUUAUCUACUCGACAACUAUUGCGAAUUUGUCGCCGACUGUCACAACAUCCAGAUGAAAGCCUUUAUGAUGCUGUUAAUAAAGCCUGCCUUUCCAGGUUUUUACCAAAUCUCGCUAGAUCAGCUUUACAUAAAAAUCUUCAGGAUUCUGGUAUUGAAAUGAGUCCAGAUAACACAAAGAAACUGGAGGAAAAGGAUUACACAUGUGAAAUAAACAAUGGGAUUCUGAAGAUAGGGUCUGUGACAAUGCCAAUUUAUAACUCAGAUGAGAAAAUGAAAGUGCCUGAUGUUUUGUUUUAUGAAAACGCACAACACAUGAUGGUAAUGGAAGAUAUGCUCAAGGACUUUCUCCUGGGAGAACAUCUUCUUUUAGUUGGCAACCAGGGUGUUGGGAAAAACAAGGUUGUUGACAGAUUCCUUCACCUUCUAAACAGGCCCAGAGAGUAUUUACAGCUGCAUAGGGAUACCACUGUACAAAGCCUUACCCUACAACCUUCUGUUAAAGAUGGUCUUAUUGUAUAUGAAGAUUCACCACUGGUAAAAGCAGUGAAGUUUGGACAUAUUUUGGUAAUCGACGAGGCAGACAAAGCACCAACAAAUGUUACCUGUAUCUUAAAAACUUUAGUAGAAAGUGGGGAAAUGGUUUUGUCAGAUGGAAGACGCAUUGUUGCCAAUCAUGCUCAUGUAGAGGGGAGAGAAAAUGUAAUAGUUAUUCAUCCUGAUUUUAGAAUGAUAGUUCUGGCAAAUAGGCCUGGAUUUCCUUUCUUGGGUAAUGACUUUUUUGGCACAUUAGGGGACAUUUUUAGUUGCCAUGCUGUUGAUAAUCCCAAACCACAGUCUGAAAUGGCUAUGCUAAAACAAUAUGGUCCUGAUGUUCCAGAGCCGAUUCUUCAGAAACUGGUAGCUGCUUUUGGAGAACUCAGGAGCUUAGCUGACCAAGGAAUUAUUAACUAUCCCUAUUCAACUAGAGAAGUUGUGAAUAUUGUAAAACAUUUACAGAAAUUUCCAGCUGAAGGACUCGCAAAUGUUGUUCGAAACGUGUUUGACUUUGACUCCUACAACAAUGAAAUGUGUGAAAUUUUGUACAACACUUUGCACAAACAUGGGAUACCUAUUGGAGCAAAACCAACCAAUGUACAGCUGGCCAAGGAACUGCCAUUACCAGAUCAUAAAUUUAUGGGCUACUGGAAAGUUGAUCAGCCAGGAAAUGCACAACAGAAGCUGCUGUGUCCAUCAGAAACUCAAAAAAUAGAUGUAAAGGGCCCUGUGUACUUAAAUAUUCAAGGCUUUCCAGUGGAACGACGUGAAGCCAGGUCCCUCAGUUUCACUGAAGAACUUGCUUUUUGGACACUGCCUUUAGAUGAAAUUAACAUAGUUUGUGAUGUCACUGUAACCAAAGAAGAGGAACCUGAAAAUGUUCUUUACGUUACUACCUGCAAUCCUGUUACUUUGUACUUCAUGAAUGUUUCUAGUAAGAGUGGAUACUUUGUGAAUCUUUAUGACCUCUUCCCAAGAACAGUUGGAAGUGUCUGGCAACCUUUUGUGACUGUGGCUCCUCUGGGAAAUCCACUCAAAGGUCAAGUGGUUCUACAUGAAGAGGAGAGCAAUGUUGUAUUGUUACUGGAUACAAGCAAUGGUGCCCUUCGCCACCUUUUGCUCUUACCAGAUGCUCAAGAGUCUCCUAAAAGAACAUCAUGGUGGCGCAACAAAGAAGAGAUGAGCAACUACAAAAUGUGCCGAGAGUUUUCACACAAAAACUGGCUGGUGUUCUACAAAGAAGCAGGAAACCACCUUAUUGUGCUGGAUGUAUUGGAGGGUCAAACUCAUACCAUCUCCCUUCCAAUCAGUCUGAAAUCUGUUUUCCUGGCAGCUGAAGACCGCUGGCUCUUGGUGGAAAAUGAAACAAAUAAGAAAUUUCUUUUAACCAAGCGUGCCCAUAUGGAAGCUCAAGACAGUGAGGUUUGCCAGCUGUAUGCAUUGAGUGAAGAACCAGCUGAAAUGGGAUUUGGCUUAACAACAGCGUCAGAACUAUGUGUGCCACAUGCAGUUUCAAGUGACCAGCUAUCUUCAGAAAACCUCAGCGCAGCUGUGGGACAAAAGAUCAGCUCCCCCAACAGGAUCUUCUCGGAUGAACAGAAUUACGCUACUAUUGUUAUUGGUUUCCCAGACCUCUUGUCUCCCAGUGAAGUGUAUAGCUGGAAAAGAAACUCCUCUCUGAGUCAAAAAUGUACUUCUCCUUCUGAUCCAUUUUAUUAUGGAACCCAGAGGAAAACAGGAGCUGCAAAACAAACCAAUUGUGUAACUUUAUUGGCUUCUAAUCAAAUAGUCAGAAUUUUAGCACCUGGAGACGUGCCUUUGAAAGACAUUUACCCAAAAGAUGUCACUCCUCCACAAGCUGCUGGAUACUUGGAAGUAACAGAUCUUAACUCAAAGAAAAUCAAAUACAUUGCAAUUCCUAGAUCACAGUCUCUCUCUCCAUAUACAUCAUGGCUCUCUAAGAUCUCAGAUGCCGAUGCCCUUUUGGCACCACUGGGCAAAGUAGGUUUGGUUACUGUGGACAUGGGAGGAGGUGUGAGACUUUGGGAGACUGGGCUGGAAAGCCUCCAGCGGUCACUGCAGGACUGGAGGAACAUGAUUGGCCAAGAAGAUGGUCGUCCUGUGCAGAUAACCAUUCAGAGAGACAGUGGGUUGGAUGUCAGUUCCCCUAAACAUGGAAAAGUGGAUAUAGACAACAUGCCGCAUGUUGGUGGAAAUAUGUGGGCUGGUGGAACAGGUGGGAGAGACACUGCUGGGUUAGGUGGCAAAGGUGGGCCAUAUCGACUGGAUGCGGGCCAUAAGGUUUAUCAAGUAUCUCAGGCUGAAAAAGAUGCUGUUCCUGAAGAGGUUAAGAGGGCUGCUCGAGAGAUGGGUGAAAAGGCCUUUAAACAGAGAUUGAAAGAGAUUCAGAUGAGUGAAUAUGAUGCAUCAACUUACGAAAGGUUCUCUGGAGCAGUUCGACGCCAAGUUCAGUCACUCCGCAUCAUCUUAGACAAUCUGCAGGCCAAGGGUAAGGAAAGACAAUGGCUGAGACACCAAGCUGUUGGAGAGCUAGAUGAUGCCAAAAUCAUUGAUGGGCUGACAGGAGAAAAAGCCAUAUAUAAACGACGGGGAGAACUUGAGCCACAACCUGGGAGCCCUCAGCAAAAACCCAAACGCCUGCGCCUGGUGGUGGAUGUUUCUGGCAGCAUGUACCGCUUCAAUGGGGUGGAUGGACGGCUGGAACGCUCCAUGGAGGCUGUCUGCAUGGUCAUGGAAGCUUUUGAGAAUUAUGAGCACAAAUUCAAGUACGAUAUUGUUGGACAUUCGGGAGACGGCUUCAACAUCGCAUUGGUUGGGAGUGACAAAGUUCCCAAGAACAAUAAGCAAAGAUUAGAGAUUCUUAAGACGAUGCAUGCCCAUGCUCAGUUCUGCAUGAGUGGAGACCACACCUUGGAAGGGACAGAGCAUGCCAUUCGUGAAAUUGCCAAGGAAGAGGCUGAUGAGUAUUUUGUUAUCGUCUUAAGUGAUGCAAAUCUUGAACGAUACGGUAUUCAGCCUUCAAGGUUUGCCCAGAUCUUGACCACCAAUACUCAAGUCAAUGCUUUCGCCAUAUUUAUAGGAUCCUUGGGAGACCAGGCAGACAGGCUGCAGAGGACGCUACCAGCAGGUCGGUCUUUUAUUGCCAUGAAUACCAAAGAGAUCCCCCAGAUUUUGCAGCAGAUCUUCACUUCUACCAUGUUAUCAAGUGCCUAAGCAUCACUGAUGUCAUGGUGUGUGAAUUUAAAGAAGAAACCCACUCCUGCUGCAGAUAUAAACCCUAAAGCUGAGGAUGAACACAUUUCUUAAUAAAAUACAUACUGUUCUCUAAUCAGCAAAGCAACCCAAAUCUACACGACAACCAGGCUGUAAAUUUUCACCCCAAAUCUCUCAACCGACUUAGCAUAUUCAAAGAAAUGCAGCGGGGAAGAGGAUGGCAACAGAACAAAUGUUUUUCCGGAGGGACAAACAAAUAAAGGACAGUUUGUGAUCAUUUCUCUGUGUGCCGUGUUGCCAGCACUACAGUAUCAUCUCACCCUAUUUUAUUAAAUACGGUUCACUGGGAUUUGGUAAUAUUAUGCAAGGCAGAGCCAGGCAAUCUGUUUCAGUGUUUUGCGUGCAUAUGUUUGAAUGGGUGGUUAACUCCAUCUCCGAUUUAAAUAAGACUGCUCUUGUCAGGCAGGAAACCCUUCCUUCCUCUGCUGUUGCUUUCUUGUCUUGAGGGGCAUCGGGGCUUCACCCCGAUGCUGAGAACAAUGGAGCAGUUUGGAAACAAUGACCAUCACAUGUAAACAUUCAUUAUCUGAUCAGGCAGAGUUGUCAGAUCUAGAGAAAGUGCCUGUUAA